AUGAAUCAUCAUAAUCAUCAUAUGAGUCACAUCAUAAGUGAUUCUAAUGCAUCGGACGAUUUUAACAAAAUUUUCACAUCUGCGGUAAAUUCGGCGCCCAUCAAUCGCGUUUAUUCUUCCGCAUCUCAUAUGCAUUCCAUGUCAUUCCAUUUUGGCUCCAAUGAAAUAGUACUUUUCAGUUUUUGGGUUGUCACUAGCCCGAUCGGAAUUAUAACAACAUGUGCUCUAACAAUCUUGAUGUGUUUUAUAAUGGAAGGUAUUCGAUGGUUUCGAGGUAUUAGACCACCGUAUAAUGUUGAUUUGCAUACGGAACAGUCAUCUGUCGCAAGUUUAAAAUUCGCUCCGCGCAUUACGACAGCCAUGUGCACUGAUGCAAUUUUGCAUGCAAUCCAACUUACACUAAGUUAUGUUUUAAUGCUACUCUUUAUGACAUUCAAUGUGUGGAUUUGUGCAGCAACUGUUUUUGGUGAAGUAUCCGCUAGGCUCAUUUUUGCUGUUCUAUUCAGUAAGGAACGCAUAAAAGGAAAUCGUGCUGAUGUGGGAUGCUGUACCUGA